AUGUCCAAUUCUACUACCCGGCCCGUCCCGGGGACCCAUCAUCUCAUCUACCUCCUCCUUAUCAUCCCUACUGGUCUCAGCAUCACCGUCCUCCUCAGCGACUCCCGCCGUUGGACCUUGACUGGUGACCUCUACACCUUCAUCAACACGUACCGAACCUCUGUCCAAACCGCCAUUCAAAUCCUAGCCACGCUCCUCGGCACCAUCCAGCUGGUAACCAUCUGCCGGCUCAUCAACAAUGCCACCCGCAUCCUGUUCACCCGUCCCACGCACCACACCACCCUCAACCACCUAGCCCUAUGGUCCUCUCUCUCCACCCCGACCACCAACUUCUCCCUCCCAUUGCCUCAAAUCCUCCUAACCCUCAUCCUGGCCAAUCUCUCCGCUGUGCUGUCCGCCCUCUGGACCGGCGCCCUCACUCCAACCUCUGCCACUACCACCACCAACACCACCAUCCACAUUCCCUCCUAUGCCAACCGCUCCUUCAUCAAAGAAUACCCUUCCCAGAUUGACAACACCGGUCCCUCCCUGCGCACUACACACGGCUACUUUACCUACUCCGUGGGAGUCGGCCUCCUCACCUCGCUCGUCUCCUCCGCCAGCUCUGCCUCCCCUCUCACCGGCACCCUGCGCAACCGCACACACUCCAAACUCGACUCCACCGGCUACACCUACACCGGACGCUCCUACGGCGUCGGGGCCCCUGUCGGCCUCACCGACUCGUCCGUCUCUCUCUACCCCUGGGCCUCCAAUUACACCUACCGCGAACGGGGCUACGACGCCCAAAUCAGCUGCAUCUACAACGCCUCCUCUCUCUUCAUCCUGCAAGACACCUACUACAACGCCCUCUUCGACGCCCGCGGCCCCCUCCCAGACAGUAACAGCUCUUCGGGCGAAUACUCCGUCUACACGGGCUGGUCCACCGACACCAUCGUAGCCUUAGGAGUGGCCAGCGAUCCCAUCGCAUACACCAAAUCCCGCUACGUGGCUGCCGCGGCGGGCGAGUCCUACCUCGCUCUCAACGCCAGUCAAUGUGUCGUUACGUUCAUCCCAACGUGGUUUCAAGUCUCCGUUGCCGUAAAGGACAAAGAGAUCUACGUCUCCAGAAUUAACUCCUCCUCCCUCGACCCCUCAGAAAAACAGGAUGAGAUAGAUAUCGACCCCACCAACCGCACCAUCCACGUCGCCAUGCGCCAACUCGAACUCAUCUCCAACGACCUCACCUCCUUCUACCGCUCUACUCUGGGCGAUGCCUUCAAUACCAGUAUCGCCGAUUACACCACCAACGUCAACUCAUCCUCUAUCUCUAAUACCACCGCCGCUUUAACCGGGAUUAAGAACGCAUAUAUCUCCCUCGUCGACGACAUCUUGGAAUCAUAUGCCGCUGCGCAACUCGUCGUCGGGAACUUUACCGCCCCGGCAACGGCCACGGUCACUAUCGAUGCCCUGCGUCUUGGAUCGAGGGUAUAUAUCGUUGCGGUGUUUGUGGUUAGUCUUGUUGUGGUGGGAGUUGUGGGUGUUGAAGCGGCAAGAACGAGAGGGUGGAGGGGUCUUCCCGGGUUUGAUUUUCUCGAUGGGAGGAUGUUGGUGCUGGGGGCGGCGAAUGGAGGGAGGGGAAUUGCGGAGAGGGCGGCGGAACGGGGAUGGAGAAGUACAGGGGGGAUUGGAGUGCGGUUGGUGGGGGUGGGGAGGCAGGGGUGGGCAUUGGUUUGGGGGGAGAGACUUGAUAAGUCGAGAAGAAAGGGGGAGAAGGAGAAGUUAGGGCAUGCACAGGGGAGGGGGAGGAGGGGAUCGCAGGAGACGUUGGUGGAUGGGUGGAUUUGAUUCCUGCUUUUCCCCACUUGCAUGCCCUGAUUUGAUGCCCUUGUGGUAGUUAUAACGACAAUCAAACAAAUUCAGCCCAUAUUCUGUCACCAUCGAUCACUCCACACCCUAUAUAAAGUCAAAGCUGAACUUGAGGCUCAGAAUGGAGUUGUACAUGGGAUUGUAGUGUCAAUUCAUGGCGACACCAACCCUGUAUAUCUCAUGACGCAUCGAUUGCUUGACCUUCUCUGGCUCAACGGAAGACCAGUUAACUGAUUUACCCUCGACACAAUCACUUAUGUCAUCUUCCAACGCCACCCACGCCAGUGCAAAGUCAAUUCAGGUGUCCAGCCCUAAGACAGG